CCUGCUGGAAUCUGGCUUGAAAUUUUCCUUGACCUUCUCAUCAAGACCUCCCCAAAUGUUUUUACCACAUCAAAAGAUCUUGUGGACAAUGGAUGCAGUGAAUGGGAAAAUUGCCAGUUUUGUUCUUGAAAUGUGGUUUAGGUGGCAUCAGUCUCUUUGGAUCCAUCAGCCUCUUUUUAUCAAGAACUUCUCAAAGAUUGGUGAUUAUGAUAUUCCACUACCUGAUAUGCUUGUACAGCCUGUGAAUACAGCAACAGUCUUCCAGAUUCUGCAAGGUGCAUCUGCUAUCCGUGAAUAUGAUGUGCGAUGUCUGAAGCUUAGAGUUGCUUCUUGUAACCUCUGGAACAGCUCUAUGACUGGGACAAAAUUUCAUCAUAUUCUUUUAUCUAUGGCUCGUUCUCUCUUCCACCAGUCUUUUGAUUCAAAUGAAUUUGCAACAAUCAAGUCCAAUCUUUGUGCAUUAUCGGAGAACUUAGUUAAGGAAAACCUCCAGCAAAUGAGUUCCCUUGUUCUCUCAUUAAGCCAUGGCAGAUUGAAGGAGUCGGUGCAAAAGUACAUUGAACCACUGCUAAAAGAUCUCUAUCUUCACUGUGAAUCUAUUGACUUCCACUAUAUUCUUGGUUGUGCAUGGUUACGGAUUGGGGGAUUACGUUUUCAUCUCUUGCUUAGCUCUGAUGAUCUAGAUCCAGCCAUGAAGCACUAUUGGAAGUAUUCGCAGUUGGCUGACAAGAUAGCAUCCCUUAAGCUUGAAAUCCAGGUGCGACAAGAGUGUGGCUACUUAGCAGGACACUUUUCUACAAGAGAAGAUGAUAAUAGAAGAACACUGGCUUUAGAACAUCUUGAAGUGGAGCUUAGAAGGGUGCAAAGAAAGAUUGUGUUCCGCUCUGAUCCCGGGAAAUUUAUGAAGUUAAAACAUGAUUGCAAAGAAUUUUUCGAAAAGUGUGAUGGGCUUCUUAAAUGUAUUACACCUUUGGAGGUUAUGGUGAGUAAUAUUGAAGCCAUGGGCUUACCACAUAUUGUUGAUCAAGUGUGCAACUGGCAGGUACAAAUAAUUAUGCAUGAUUAGAUAGUUGGGAAUGUAUUUUGUAUGAUAACAGUUCAUUUCUUUUCCAUUCCACAUUGCUGUUGCUUUUUAAAUUAUUAUUCCUAUUUCACAUGUUUCUAUCUUGGUUUAUCAGGACACAGCAACCUGAUUUGUUGGCCGAUUAUCAGAGGAAUAUGCUGAAUAUGUUGAUGUGAAAUGUUAAAAAUAUACAUUUUUAAACCACCCAAACAAACAACAAUUUUGUUGUGGGAGUUGUCAAAUUUCCAUAAGAUGAUUGAAAUAGAGAUAAAACUUUUUCUUCACGAAUGGAAAAAUAAAAACAAAACAAAAACGGUACACAGAUUUAACUUAAAAAAUAC